CUCGUAUGACCGCGCCGCCGAAAUUGGACGGCGACCUUCUUGCUGUUCGCCUUGUCCUUUGGCAGUGUGUAGCUUUUAAGCUUGACGACAACUUACGAGCACGGCAAUAACGAUGAGCAAGACGAAGACAACGGCGAAAACGGCUGGCGGCAGCCGCCUCAAGAAGUGGUUCUUCCGGCUCAUCGCUGUUGCUGUCCUCUACGUGACGUGCCAAUAUCUCGACACCAUCAAGCAUCGAUGGUACGUCUUCGAGCCUGAGAGCCUACACCAGCUCGCGAAGGCGGCCAUCGCGGCAUCGCCAGAUCCAAAUGAUGCCUGGUUCAUGACGAACUACAUCGUGAAGAACCUCACCGAGACAUACUCGCCCACUCAGGUUGCGCUGAACCUGGACACUUCAGAGUGGUUCUUCAGCAAUGCUGGCGGCGCAAUGGGCGCGAUGUAUGUCAUCCAUGCAAGCAUCACCGAGUACAUCAUCAUCUUUGGUACUCCGGUCGGCACCGAGGGACAUACAGGCAUACACACUGCAGACGACUACUUUAACGUUCUUGUCGGUGAACGGUGGGUGUUCUCGCCGCCGAACCUGCAGAUGGAGAGGUAUCCUGCUGGGUCGGUCCAUCACGUGCCGAGGGGCCAGAUGAGACAACACAAGAUGCAUGAAGGGUGUUUCGCGCUGGAAUACGCCAGAGGGUGGAUCCCUCCGAUGAUGCCGUUCGGCUUUGCGGACAUUCUGUUCUCGACGCUUGACUAUGUGACGUUCUAUCAAACACUCCACAUUCCGGGCCGCGAGACGUUGAAGAACCUUCUCAUUGGAAAGAUUUAGAUGUCAAUACACAACGCUUGUUUCUUGCUUUCUCGUAGUAAAGUGUGAUCCAGUCUCGUUCACACAAAUCCGCUCUCUCUUGCGGCUAUAUAUCAGAGGCGUUCA